AUGGAAAAGAAGUCCGAAGAACCUUUAAAAAUAAUGAAUUUUCUCAUACGAAUAGCUCAUAUUAGUGUCAAACCUGUUUUGGGUGAUUAUUUGAACAAAAAAUGGACUUGGAAACGGAACUUGCCACUUUUCCAAAUUGUUUUCUGUUCCAUCGUUACAGUUGUAUGUUACAUUUGGUCGGCAUACGAAAAUCGUAAGGUACUCUCAGAGCUCGUCCUGUACAUUUGUCUUUUGUUGGUUGACGUUCUGGCAGCACAACGGUUCUGGAAAUUCACAAAGGAUCAAAAGGAAGUCAUACAAUCGUUGGAUCAUACAUUUCUGUUUUAUAAGAAUUGGCAAAAGGAUAGCGAAACUUUUCCAAUUCUACUUUGGUACAGCCGCUUAUUACGCCGCGUUUUUAUUAUUCUUACUGUAACCUUGAUGUGGUUUGGUAUAGUGCUUAGUAUUGCACCAAUCUUGUACUUUCUCAUAACGGAUGAAAUGAUUUUGGCAGUUCAAUGUUACUUACCAUACGUCGAUUACAAAAGCCAUCCUGGUUUCGAGAUUCACGUCAUCUUUCAUAAUUGGUGCAUCUUUUGUGGACUUUUUGGAUUGAAUUCAUCUAUAUUUUUCGUUCUACAAAUGCUCGUACAGAUUUGUGUCGAAAUUGAUGUAUUACGAGCACGAUUAAAGGUAUUAAGUAAAGCUAUAACCCGCAAAAAUAAAGACAAAAUAACGGAAACUCUGAAAAAUAUCAUUAGAGAACAUCAAGAAAUGAAUGAGUUUAUCGAUUCCUGCGAAAAUUUCAUGAGUGCCCAAAAUCUCAGCGAUCAUUUUGUAUGCGGAACUCAAACAUGUACCGGACUAUUCAUUUGCCUACGACAAAUUUGGAUGACUGGAUACAUGUUAAUGACAUUUGGCUUUAUAAUUGUAUUCGUAUCGAACUUUUUCGGCACAAUUAUCCAAAUCAAACUAGAAAAAUUGAUGUUUGAUGUUUAUGACGUGCCAUGGUAUUCGAUGUCGGUGAAAAAUCAGAAAAUGUAUUGCUUUUUCUUGAAAAAUACACAAAACACGCAAGUGCUUACGCUUGCUGGACAAAUACCUUUGUGUUUGGAUACAUUUGUGCGAUUUUACAAAGGAAUCUAUUCGUACUUAAUGAUUCUAAGAGAAACUGUAGAAUAA